CGCUGCGCGUUUAUUGGCGAGGCAAAGGCACCCCGAAUGCGGGAAGAGAACCUGUUUCUGAAAGAUCAGCAGGGGCGGGUCUCCUCCCAGCUUUGUGUUUACCCUGUUCUGUGUAUUCAGCCAGCAGGCUCCGGACAAGGAAGCAUAAGAAGAGGAGCCAGCCUUCGCGGAUAACCUGGUACCGGGCAGCGCCAGCUGGACACACAGGACCCUGGGCAGCUCCGGGUGACAGCAGGAGACUAAAGAGACUCCCACGAGGUGUGCAACAGGGACAAUGGGAAACCAGCUGAGCGUCCCCCAGAGGGCUGAAGACGAGCAGCACGGAGGGGAAGCGGGCACUUACAAGGUGACAUCCGGCCACGAGUGUGUUCAGAACGGGACACCAGUGAUCAUAUCCACUCACACCGUUCAGCACUAUGACGAAGUGGAUCUGGGAAUAAGCAUCCAGAAGGGUAAUGCGGCCACUUCUUCCCCCAAGACAAUGGAGAUCAGCACGGUGGCCAAUGCCAGCGGAAAGAAUCUUGGGAAGGAGGCCAACCCCGAGGCACCAGCUGCUAAAUCCCGUUUUUUCUUGACACUCUCUCGGCCUGUACCAGGACGUACCGGAGACCAAGGCACAGAUUCAUACGCCGGAGCAGCGGAGCUUGAUGAGAGCUUCCACUCAGCUCCAGCGAACAAAGGCCCGAGUGACAGCCCUGCCCUUCGCGCAGCAGCUGCACCCGGGCCUGCCGCGGAUAAAAUCCCCGUGCUGAGUCAGGCGGGGGACGACGCCCUCCCAGCCACCUACGUACAGCCGCCUCUCCCACCUGAGUCCGAGGGUGUGGCCCCCUCCAAGCCCAAGGACUCCAGCUUUUUUGACAAAUUCUUCAAACUGGACAAAGGACGGGGAAAAGCAACAGCUGAAGAGGAGCAGGAAGCCGAGGAGCCCCAGCAUCAGGACCAGGCUGAGGAGGUCCCGGGGCUGUCGGGGGUGUCCCACAGUGUCCCCACAGCGGAGGACAUAGCCAACGGCGAGGACACAGAAAGACAGGAAAUUGAAACUUUGCGCUGCUCUGUCCCCGGAGACCCGGAAGGGCGAGAGGUUGCAAAGAACACGCAGGCAACAGAGAUAGCAGAGAACAACACUCCCAUCAUGAGCUUCUUCAAAACUCUGGUUUCACCUAACAAAGCCGAAACGAAGAAAGAUCCAGAAGACACGAAGGCAUCCAGAGCAGAGAGCAUCUGUGAUGGCCACAUCGGUCAGAAGACGUCCGAGGCCCCGGCGAAAGGCAGCAAGAAAAAGCACCUGGACAGCCCCAGGCUAGGACUCGCCUUUAGAAAAUUCUUUAGACAUCAGAGUGCUGAGAAGUCGCCCACCACCGUGGCCAACCUCAAGUCUGACAAAGCCUGCGCUCCCUCCCAGGAGACCCAGAGCCCCAGAGGCAGCCCACCUGGUCAGGCGUCAGUGACAGCAGCUGCUGGGACAGUCAAGGAAGGGGGCAAGGACAAGUCAGGACCCACCUCUCUGCCACUGGGCAAACUGUUUUGGAAAAAGUCAGUCAAAGAGGAAUCAGUCCCCACAGGUGCCGAGGACAACGUGGUGUGUGAAUCACCGGUAGAGCCUGUACAGUCUGAGGAGGUAGAGUCAACCCUGCCCACAGGGGAGCUCAGUGGAGAAAGAGAGGCCCCACCCGAACCUGCAGAAGGAAGACGCAAAAGAGCAGAAGGCGAGCCCCGGCGGACCUCCCUGAUGGCGUUCUUCAGACAAGUAUCAGUGAAAGGGAAUGGAGGGAUCACCCGCUCGGAAGAAGUAAAAGGGAAAGACUCCAGCAACCAAACAUCAAACUCCACGGAGAAAGCCACCGUGCCAAAGGCCACCACGCCGCCCGAGCCGGAGCCUGUGGCAGCGGCUCAGAAGGGGAAAGAGGGCUCCGCCAAGGACAAGAAGUCAGCAGCAGAGAAGGAGAAGAAAAACAACAAACAGGAGGCCAAAGAGGCGGCUGCGCCGUGCGUGGAGCAAGCCGCAGUGGAGACCAACGUGCUGCACAACGCGGACAAGCCCCAGCGGAGGCCGGAGAAGAGGCGGCAGUCCCUCGGGGGCUUCCUCAAGGGCCUGGGACCCAAGCGGAUGUCGGAUGCGCAGGUGCAAACAGACCCCGUCUCCAUCGGGCCCCCCGGCAAAUCCAAGUAAACAAGCCACGCGGGCCCACCAGGUUCUACCACAGAGAUGUCCCCUCCCAAACACGCGCUCUGUAUAUAUUUUUUCUUCUCAUGCCCAUCAAAUGAAAUUCUGCCUACCAAUUAAGCCCGAGCUGUUUGUUGUAUAUUGGGGUGUACUAUUUAUAUCUCUAGUCCAGUCUUUCCUGGCAAAUCACCGUAAAGAUGGGUUAGCAAGUUAGGUGGUGAGCGGGAGGUAUUGAUGUUGGCCAAGCAGGGCAGAGAGGAAGUGGAGGAACGGUGUGGGCUACGUUGUAAUAAAUGGUGGAGAUCGAGAGAAAACUAUCUGCGAGCAGAAGUUAAGCUUGGUAGCAAACGUGUGCGCAUCGUCUACAUGCGAGGAAGGGAGCAAAAACGGUUUCAAUGUACGCUGCGAAGAGGGAGAAGCCAGGCUCGGCGUUGGGCGUUUGCCAACUUUCUAGAAAGGAAUGAGUGAGGCAAGAAAAAGGAAUGAACGAGUUGGUCUUCAGGUAGGGUCGUUGAAGAUUACUGAUGAGAGAGGAACGAUCGAGUGGAGAGGGUCUGAAAGGAUUUGGGAGAAGCGAUUCCUUCUAGUCUCUUGGACAAGGGCAAGGAUUACUAUUAAAAUGAAAAUAAACAUAAAAUAGGUUGCAAGUUUAUUUUGCAACACAAGGGGGCGCCAAGGUCCCCGUUUCUAGCCCGCAUUCUGUACCCCCUAACAAUGAUUGGGCGUCUGUGAUCUUACAUUAUUAAUGUCUCUCAGAUGGCGGAGGGGCUCGCUGCAUCUGUUCUGUCUGACGCUUAUCUCAAGUCUGUCUGUAAUUUCCUAAUGCGCUCAGGGUGUGCUCUGCUACAACGCUCCUUAUAACCCCAGUUAAUAAAAGUUGACAGAAUAUGAUUCAAAUA